AUGGUGGAGAAGACGUACUUGCGCUACGUCGUCGGACCACAAGGCGGCGCUGUAGUGAGCAAUGCCUCUCUCGCGAUGGAUGCCGCUGUGGUGCCGUCUCGCUACACCGCCGCAGCCGGCAGCAGCGCCCGCCCGCGCACCGGCUCCCUUGGCCGUGGCAGUCGCGGUGGGUCGCCCUACGGACGUGGGGAACAUGCCACCAGUGGUCGUACGGCCCUUGCUCCCGUGAUCGCCACGUCGGCAGCGGCAGUCUUUGUGCCGUCCCUCGAGGCCGUCCGUGUCUACUCGGUGCGCAGUGGAGAGCUGCUACACACUCUCAUCCCUGCCGAGGCCAAGAUGCCGGUCGAGGUCACCACCCUGCACGUCGUGCCCAUGGAGGCGAACCAACGUGGCAGCAAGUUUGGUGUCGGCGCAGACGCGCACAGUGGCAGCGGUGCCGCGACGCAUCAGUACAGUGCGGGCUGGAUGCUGUUUGUCGGGUACUCGAACGGAUACGUGGCGGUAUUCUCCUGCAGUGCGGCCAACAACUACGGCCUGCCGGUGUGCCGCUUUUACGCGCUGGGCCACCGCGUGGACACGCAAGUGCUGGCUGUUGCCGUCGACUCAUCCCGCUCGACGCUGUGCUCGGCAGGACAAGACACCGACAUCACGGUCUGGGACCUCGUAAGCCAAGAGGCGUCGUUCCGUCUGCGCGGCCACCGCGGUGGCGUGGUAGGGCUGGCGAUAGUGCCGUCCUCGUCUAUGAGAACCGGUGCCGUUGGUGAUAUGGGCGGCAGUUCUGGCAGCGUUAGCGGCACCGCUUGCGGCCGCACUCUGCUGCUGAGUGGAUCAGCAGAUGGCCUGGUCAAGACCUGGGACCUCACCCUGCGCCAAUGCCUCCACACCGUCAUCGCCUCUGACACCCAGGUUACCGCCAUGGUAGCGGACUCGCAGGGUCGCCGCCUCUACUGCGGCCUGCGAGAGAACUACCUGAAGGUGUACAACACAGAACCGCUGCUGGCGUCGGCAUCGCUGGCCGCAGCAGAGCAGAGCGGCGCCGCCAACGAGACGCAGCUGGAGGAUGGCGCGAUUCUUGACCAUGGCACGGUGUCACGCAAGUAUCACAAGCCUAUCACGGCACUCAACUUCUCGCACGACGGCGCGUUUAUGGUGGGGUGCACAAGUCGCACCGUGGAGGUGUUCCAUGUGCUGACGGCCGAGGAUGUGAAGAGGAAGCUGUACCGCAAGCGCAAGCGACGACGUGGCCCCGCUGCGGCGGCAACGGAGGCUGGAACGCCAGCCGACGGCGCUGAGGUGGUGGACGAGGAGGCGAGCGCGAGUUCUGGGCGCAAGACGGAUAAGAAGAAGACAAGCCGUAAGAAGAGCAAGAUGGGCGACACUGUAGCCGAGGACGACGGUGCUCAAGACGGCGACGAGGACGAUGCGGCGCCGUCGAACGGAGGCACCACCGCGAGCGCCGCCACCGUCGUGGCGGCAACAGGUGCAGAGGAAGUCGUCUCACUGCGCGCUUUCUUCCUCCCGCAGAAGAUCCGCAGUGUGUGCUUCGUGCCACCGACGUCCCGCGAGCAGCUCAGCGAGGCCGAUACGCUGCACAUCGCCGUCACGUACAGCAGCAACACGAUGGAGACCUUCACGACAACGCUGACGACGAGCGACCGCGAGGGAGCGUCGGUGCUGACUCUGACGGACCUACGGCCGCGUCACACCUUCGACUGGAAGGGGCAUCACAGCGACAUUCGCGAGCUGGCAUUCGUCGACACCGACACAGCACUACUGUCGAUAAGCAGGGAGAAGGUGAUGAUGUGGUCGCUGACGGUGAAGGAGACCCUUCUGGAGACCGACCACCUGGACCAUCACGACUUCUACGACGCCAAGGAGGCAAACCUGGCACGCGUGGACUUCAAGGGCGCGCUGAACAACGUGGGCAGCGUGGACGUCGAGGACGCGACCUGCAUGUCCGCCAUCUCCUCCUUGCUCUGCUGCGUCGGCCAGCAGGACGGGUCGGUGCUGCUGCUCGACGUGGCGUCGUCGGUUGUGCUUUUCCGUGAGCCUGCCAUCCACGUUGGCGGGGUGAAGCACACCGUGCGGAAGCCGGACGGCGCUGGCUUCGUCACGCUCGGCGCGGAUCGUCGGCUACUUUUGUGGUCUAUCGGGCUCACCGAGGACAAGAAAAAUGCCCAGAGCGCGGGUACCCGUGGCGCUGCCAAGAAGGCCCGGAUGACUGGAGCAGAUCGUGAUGAUGACAAUGCAAUGUCCGCCGGGGCCGGAGGCAGCGGUGCCACCCUUCUGCAGGAGCAGGAGAUCGAGCUGACGGAGGUGCCGCUGUGCGCCGCCUUCAGCCCGGAUGGGCGCUUCUUCGGGGUGGGUCUGCAGAACAACAACGUCCAGCUCUUCUUUGCCGACACCAUGAAGCCGUACCUCUCCCUCUUUGGCCACAAGCUGCCGCCGACGUCGCUCUCCUUCUCCACGGAUGGCACACUGGUAGCCUCGGUCGGCAUGGACAAGUCGUUGCGCUUCUGGGGUACCGACUUUGGUGACUGCCACCGCGCCAUACACGCCCACGACGACUACAUCACGCAGGUGGAGUUCCUCGAGGAUACGCACUACGUCUUUACUGUGUCCAUGGACGGGUCUGUGAAGCAGUGGGACGGCGACAACUGGACGAUGAUCCAGCUCUUCCGCCAGCACCAGCGCGGUCUCUGGGCAGUGUCCGUCACCGCCAACGGCACGUGCGUCGCGACGGCCGGCGCUGACCGGUGCAUCCGCUGCUUCCUGCGCACGCAAGACAUCGUCUUCCCUCACGAAGAGGAGGAGCGCAUGGCGCAGGAGGCGAUGGACGAGGAAACCGCCAAGCGUGCGGCGCUGCAGAAGCUCGACGGGGCGGACGUGAAUGGCACCGGGGUCGCUGAGGUGGGCAUUGCGGGCCAGCAGACGGCCACAACGGCGGAGGCGGCGGAGCGGCUAAUGGAGGCGCUAGACAUUGUGAACGUUGAGCAGCAGCGCAAGCAGUGCGGCGACGAUACGACGCCGCGUCACCCGAUGCUGCUGAAUAUGUCGGAGUGGGAGUUUCUCUGGUCCACCAUCGAGACGAUCCGCCCGAGCGAGCUGCGCCACACCCUGCUGUCGCUCACCAGCAUACACGUCGAUGCGCUACUGACGGCGCUGGAAUCGAUGCUGACGGAGAAGGCCGUGCUCAACUACGAGAUGGCGUCGAAGAUGGUUCUCGCGCUUGUCAUGAUGCCCGCAGAGUCGGGGUCCACUCAGGGGUUGCGCGCCGCCGCCGUCCGCGGCGAAGUCUCUGAAGUCCAAGGUGCUCGUCGUCUCGCCGUGCUUCGCCGACGCAUCUCCGAGGGCCUGGACGAGAGCGUCAGUCGCAUGGACUACAGCGUAGCCGGAUUGCACCUCGUGCGUCAAUACCUCGAGGACACAGAGAAAAUCAAGUUCUUCGACUGCAGCAAGGCACAAGGGUACAAGCGCAAGUACCACAGCCGCGCGCUGUCCGCAUCAGAGGACAAGCACUAA